ACGUGUAAAACCAAGGCCUUCGACGCGGCUUUCUUUCUGCUUUACAACCGCGUUCAAGUUGUAAAACGAUGUCGGACGAGGACUCUAGUGGCUGGCAACUUACAGAAUCUGACCCUGGGGUGUUCACAGAGUUACUGAAGAGGCUCGGAGUGCCCUAUAUCGUCGAUGACCUUUACUCACUUGAACCAGAAUCGCUGGCUGCACUACAGCCUUUACAUGCCCUAAUCUUCUUGUUCAAAUGGUUCCCUGAAUCACCAGACGACGAGCCCGGUGUGGGCGCUGGUCACUAUGAUUCAGAUUUCCCGGGAUUCUUCGCCCAUCAAACUGUGAACAAUGCUUGUGCUACGCUUGCUGUCGUCAACGCCCUGGGAAACAUUACCUCUCUCACUGCUGGACCGCAAUUCAUGGACCUCAUGAGCUUUACUACGGGCAUGGACCCGCAGACGUGUGGGAUGACUAUCACAAGCGCGGAUUGGCUUCGAGAAGCUCAUAAUGCCCUUUCGCCACCUAGUGCCAUCUCACUGGAUGGUCUAGACCUUCCAAAGAAGAGCGAAGAAGCGUACCAUUUUGUCGUAUACCUUCCGGUGCUGGGGAGUCUGUAUGAACUUGACGGGCUGAAACCUUUCCCAGUGCGGCAUGGAGAAUAUGAUGAAUCCGGUGAGGGAUGGGUUAAAAAAGCAAGGGAAGUCAUCGAGAACCGGAUACACACUUACCCGACUGGAGCACUCGAGUUCAGCUUGCUCGCGCUUCGGGAUGAUCCAAUACCUGAAAUGAGAAGACGAUUAGACGCUCUCCAGGGUUCAGCAAGGGACGCUGAAUUGAGCGAACUUAUGGAUAGAUUUUCCAAUGAAAAUUCCAAGCGCGAGCGUUGGGCAUUUGAGAACAGCUCGCGUCGCCAUAACCACAUUGGCCUUGUGCAUGCUUUGUUAUUGGCCCUAGCAAAGGCUGGAAAACUUGACUCGGCGAAAGCAGAUGCGCAGAAAGUGAUGCAAGAGCGCUUAGAGAGACAAAGAGACUCGGAGAUGCAUUCUUGAAAAUGUAUAGACAUGGAUUUAAUACGUAGUCGCAUGCAUUGAGAGCACGACACCUUUUUACCGCAGUAUCACCAUCACUUUGACUCAUGAUGAGAAUAGAGAUGCAGUGUGAAUAAUACUUACCAUUGACCUCCUCGAGUUCACGUACACAAGUUUGUUGUUCCUGACGUUUUCCUUGCGUAACUUUGUUCUUACGUCUCAGCGGUCUUUUUAAAUCGGGAAAGUCUGACAAGGGGG